GUGUGCCUUUAUUCAAAGGACAGGGCUUCUGUGCGACCCACACUUCCAAUCUCAUCUCCUUAAUUGGCACCAAUUAGCUUUCAAUGAAAUCGUAACACAGAUGUUCACUUACUUUUUCCAGCCUGCCCUGUCAAUGAUCACUCAGUCAGAUUGUAUUUGUCUAUAAUUGUGACAAAUUAAGAUCAUAAACUCCUGCUGCUCUAUAUAUCAGCUCAUCUUCAUAGCAAGUGGGCGUAAGGCUUUAUAUGAUCUUUUACGGCUCAAGUGUUUUGGUUUAUUCAUUGAAAAAAAAAAAAAAAAAAGCUCAGCAGCUACCAUAAGUUAGGCUUGUUUUCAAAGCAGUGGGAAUGGACCCAGAUAACCUCACAGCUGUGCAAUGUAGGCCAUUUGUGUUAAGACUCUGGGCUUGGGCGGUCAGUUCACAUUGAUUGGACGCUCUGGCACAAACUCUUGAUCCCUGCUUGUGUCAAACUGUUUCUGCUUCAUAUGACACGCACAGGAUAAGCCAUUAAAGCUAGUUGUGAGCUGAAGUUUCUGAUCAGCACUCUCUUGAGGAGCAUACAAAGUAAACAUGCGUGUGCUUAUGGAUAGCAGCUGGAUUCAGUUCGGCCCUGCGGGACGGGGCUCAGAUGACUGGGGCACAGGCGCAUCUGCACCUCCUCAAACUGAGGACCGUCUUAAGGGCUACUGGAACGAGCUGACUUCAAACAAGGUCGAAGAGAGACCGGAGGCAACGCUGUAUGUUGUCAUAGUAAUGGGCUCCUUGCUCGUCCUUGCUGGAAUUGCCUUCUUUGUUUACAAAAGAUGUUUCAGAGGGAAGGAGAGCACAGCCAAAGUCAUAACUCUGGAUUUUGAUGACGCUGAUGGCACUGCUGAAUUUCUGUCCACUUUGGAGGAAGGAGAUGGCAUUGAAGACGGGAACGAUGGGGUUUUUCUGAUGGUUUAUCUGCCGGCCCCAUACGAGAAAACCCUCACAAAGAUAGCCCGUGCUGCAAGCACCUCCAGCUCCCAUAAUGACAUGGAGAUUGUGCAAUUACACACAGAGACAUCCACUGAUCAAGAGUGAGGAUUCAUUCCCUCUAAUGUAAAAUGUGUAUUACUGAUCCACAUAACGUAUCAACACUAACAAAAAGUACUGUACAUGAUACUACGGUAGCACAAUUGUUCUCAUUGAAGUACACAGUGUAGUGCAUGAAUAUGGCUAUCACACAGCAGUGCUAUCUAAAACCAUCACUGUACCAGGGUACCAGCACACCAGUGUUUGUAAGGGAAUGUGUUUUUUAAUCUCUAUAAUCUAUGAAACUGUAAAAAUGGCAAGUCAUAAAAUGGCUACAAAAUGAUUCACAUUUUUACUAACUUUACCAUAAUGCAGUAGUUUUGAAUUCUAGUAGUAUUAUAUAUAAUAAGGUGUGUAAACACAUAGAAAAUACAACAGUCUUGUUUGUCCGACAUGUUAAAUGCUUGUAUCUCAUUAGUUCUCUUUAUGGUAACACAAUUUUAAUGUACUUUCCAUGAGGAAUGGAGCUUUUUCCCUCCCUGAAAGUGCAAGGUAGUAGUGAUAGUUAAUAUCAGCAAAUAUGCCACAUCAUGUGUUUUGUUUUAUUAUUAAAUUCGCCUGCAAGCAAAGUGAAAUAAAGUUUGAGUUACAAUGCCAAUUGUUUUGAGAACCUGAAUUACUGAAUUUUGGUUGUUGAUUUCUAAUGCUUAUGAGUGUUUGUAUAGUGAUUCUCUGAACAAGAGGGGAUAAAUUCCUUUAUCUUUGUAUAGCAUAUUAUAGGCAUUACUUGGUUAAAAAGAACAAAUCGUUAUUUUUUAACCAGAUGUAAAAUUUUAACUUCUUUGAAGCUAUUUUGAUCACAAAAGGUAAAUGUAAAUUUGCCAGGUUAAAUUGUG